GAAGAAGAGCCAUCGAGGAACAGACCGCAACCCGCAACGUCCGCCGCCGCCGCCGCGAUUCACCCGAAAAACGAAUCUCCCGUUUCGUGUGUCUCGGCUACACGCACGAGGCCCCGUGUGCACCCGGGGUUCGCGAUCGCGGCGCUGCAGUCGUCCAGUGAGAGUUCAGUGAAUAGAAUCGACAACAAAAGGGGGGCAGAAAGGAGAAAAAAAGGACACGAAGAUAAUAAGCGUCGAGGUUGCGCGGCUUAACGACUGGGAAAAACUCGCGCACGAUCAGCGCAGCGCUCUGUUAUUAGCGUCCCUUUGCCCGCUGCGCGUGAACGUUGCGCGCGAACCGUUGCGCGUGGACGGUGCGCGUACGUCGCGUUGCCACGUCGCGGGAAUGAGGAAAUCGUAGAGAAUCGAGGAGAACGAAAAUAAGAGAAAGAAAGAGGAUAAGUUGGGUAGAGUAACGGUCCCCGAUGGCCAAUUCGCGAACGCUAUUGGCAAUUAUCGGGAUCCUCUGCGCGUGCACCUGCGGCGGGCGCACAGAAUGCGGAAGUCACGCGCAGAUCUCGCUGCUGACGAGCGUCCACGACGAUCCGUCCUGCAGGAAAUUGUCGCCAAGGGGCGUUCUCAUGUACGAAGCCGCGAAGCUGCUCGCCGAGACUCACAAUAACAAGUCCGGCGGACACGACAUCGACAUGACUGUUGUGGACACGUGCGGUAGCAUAACGGGCUCGAUGAAAGCGGGAAUGAAGGCUCUCGUGGCGGCUGACACCAACUGUUUGCAACCGCCUUACUACUUAGGAAUUAUUGGGCCGAGCACUGCGACGAACGCGGAAGCCGUGCAUAAAAUAACGUCGAUUCUAAAGGUGCCGCAUAUCGUCAAGCACAAGUCGAACGCUCCGUUCCUUCAUUAUCUCGCGAAGGAAUCCGAUACUUAUCUGGUUCAGGGUGCACUGAAGGUCGCGGAGCAACUCAAGUGGAAAUCAUUUACACUGGUGGCGAACGCAGACGACGAUGGCGAGGACGACGCGCAGAACAUCGCCAAAAAGCUAACGAUGGCCGCCAUUCAAAAGGGUCUCUGCGUACUGGUGCACGACAGCGAGGACGACGAUUUGACGACACACAUAGUGCAUGUCGGCAAACCUGAAGACGGAUUCUUCGGCAAACCCUCGAACUCCACCGUUCUGGUCCUCAGCGAGGGACGCCUCGAGGAACACUUGAAACACGUGAACUCGUCGAACACUAUACUGCUCCUAGAGGAUUCCAGAAACGAAUUCGCGGGACUGGAGGCGAGAGUGGAGAAAUCUAAAUGGUGGUCGGGCAAGGACAGCGGAGAGUACGACGCGGAGGAGCUGAGGGAGGUCAGGUGGCUCGAAGACGCGAUAAAAAUCUACGCGAAAGCAUUGGAGACACUGUGCAAGAAAAAAAAGUGCAAGAACCAGGUGAACGCCGUGGAUUGGAACAACGUCCUGUCGAACGUCCUGGCGGAUUACGCAAAGGAAUCGCAAUCGACACCCAUGUCCCUCGAGCUAUCGAUGAAAGUAAAGGCCGCGGAGUUGCAGACACUCGGCUUUUUGGUCGUCCAUAAAAACAAAGUGUCGUUGCAUUGGGGCAACGAGAAGUCCGAGGAGAAGGACGACGACGACGACGACGACGAUGACGACGAUGACGACGACGAUGACGACGACGACGACGAGAAACCCGCCAAGAACGAAAUGCCAGCAGCCUUUAAGAAGCUGAUUGGCAAGGAAAAGGGUACGCGAACUGGUUGUGCUACCACCGCCAAGGAGAUAAAGUUGCUCCACGAGGAGGACGACGAGGCAGCGCAGGUCCUCGUCUCCGAGAUGGACGACAACGAAUGGUGGACUAUGGUUGGCACGGUGAGCGGCGUGGGUAUCGCGAUGUUCGUCGUCGGUAUUUUGGCGGUUUACGUGGUCUACACGAACAUCCGGGGCCCAGUGGCGCCGAAAAACGCUCGAAUCGAACGUGACACGAGCCUGAGACGAGUGGGCAGCGACAGAGAAACGCCUGUACGCAUUCCAAGGCACGCUCGUACUUUGCAGAGGAGGGAUAGCAACAGAAGCAUCAGGAGCACCAUAUCGGAGAAGAGCGUCUGAAGAUCGAUUAUGGGAAUGUUCGAGCAAGUUUGGAACGGUUCGAGUCGGUUCGAUUCGGUUCGAUUCGAGUGGAUUCGAAUCGAUUCGUUUCGAAUUCGUUAGAAGCGCUUCGAUUCGGAUCGAUUUGGACGAGCGCGGACCAGUUUGGACUUGUUUGCUUCGGUUUGAUCGCGUUGGAUCUAUUUUUGGAGGUCACUGGCACUUCGAUUGGUUCGAAUUGGUUCGUAUUCGAUUGGUUUGGUUGAAACUGGCACGAUUCGAAUCGGUUUUGGUUAAUUUUGCUUAGUUUUGAUGUGUUUACCAUCGACUCGGUUCGAGUUCCAGAUUGUUUGGUUCCAUAUGAAUUGGUUUGAUUCGAAUCUGUUCAAUUUUAAACGAAUCUGACGUAGUUCGAACCGAUUCGGAUCGAUUUGGACGAGCGUGAACUAGUUUGGACUUGUUUGCUUCGGUUUGAUCGCGUUGGAUCAAUUUUUGGCGGUCACUGGCACUUCGAUUGGUUCGAAUUGAUUCGUAUUCGAUUGUUUUGAUUGAAACUGGUACGAUUCGAAUCGAUUUUGGUUAAUUUUGCUUAGUUUCGAUGCGUUUACGAUCGACUUGGUUCUAGUUUCUUUGAUUCUGUUUAAUUUUAAACGAAUCUGACGCAGUUCGAACCGAUUCGAAUCGGUUCAAAUUGGUUCCUUUCGAUUCGAAUCGGUUCAAAUUGGUUCCUUUCGAUUCGAAUCGGUUUUGUUUACUUUCCCUUAGUUUUUAUGCGUUUACGAUCGACUCGGUUCUAGUUUGUGAGAUUCUGUUUAAUUUUAAACAAAUCUGACGUAGUUCGAACCGAUUCGGACCGGUUCAAAUUGGUUCUUUUCGAUUUGAAUCGGUUUUGUUUACUUUUCCUUAGUUCUGAUGCGUUUACGAUCGACUCAGUUCUACUUUGUUCGAUUUUGUUUAAUUUUAAACGAAUCUGACGCAGUUCGAACCGAUUCGAAUCGGUUCAAAUUGUCUCCUUUCGGUUCAAAUCGAUCCAAUUUGGUUUCAACUGUCCCGAAUCCAAUUAAAUUCGAUCCGAUCGCAUUAAUAUUUUAUUUACGCUUUCGGAACCCGUUUCUGGUCGAUUCGAUCGGUUUCGAACAAACAUUCGAGUAUUUCUCGUUGGUGUCUCGAAUCUGUCGAAGCUUUCGAUCGUGUCGACCGUCUUUUCUGCGAAAAUUCUAGUCAAGAAAUCGCGAGAACACCCUCGAAAUGAAAUGUAAAUAUUAAUUCUCUGGUUUCUCUCUCUCUCUGUUUCGAUUCUCGCGAUUUCGUCCAUGAAAAUCAAAAAUGGUACACGUACUGGUGUGAUAUACACAGUUCUGUGCAUAGGUAGGUAUAAAUCUUUGAAAAAUAAUUCGCACUUUAAACGUUCCUCCGCAAAGAAUCUUUCUGAAAAAUUUCUAAAAAAAAAAACCAACCAAAAAAAAAAAACAAAUGUUAAAUGUACUUUUAAUUCCGUUGGCGACCGGAAACACUGUGUUUACGAACUUUAAGUGUACGACAUUCUGUAAUAAACUCAAUAAACGCUACCCAGAUGAA